AUGGAAAAACUUGAGAGAGAAAUCAGAGAGUCUAAAUUUGCAGAGCUGAUGAAUAAACAUUUUGCAGCAAGUUCUAUUCCUAAAGGGAUUCAUUGUCUGUCUUUACGUCUGACUGAUGAGUAUUCAUCAAAUGCUCAUGCACGCAAACAAUUGCCUCCUCCAGAGUUGCUUCCUUUACUGUCCGACAAUUCAUACCACCAUUUUAUUCUGUCAACUGAUAACAUCUUGGCUGCUUCAGUAGUCGUUACUUCAACUGUCCAGUCAUCUGUGAAACCUGAGAAGAUAGUCUUCCAUGUGAUCACUGAUAAAAAAACUUAUGCGGGUAUGCACUCAUGGUUUGCCCUGAAUCCAGUCACCCCUGCUGUAGUCGAAAUCAAAGGAAUUCACCAAUUUGAUUGGUUGACUAGAGAGAAUGUCCCAGUACUUGAAGCUGUAGAAAAUCAAAAUGGGAUCAGGAAUUACUACCAUGGGAAUCAUGUUGCGGGAGCCAAUCUGAGUGAUACUAGUCCACGUAAAUUUGCAUCUAAAUUACAGGCCAGAAGUCCAAAGUACAUAUCUUUACUCAACCAUCUGCGCAUAUACUUACCAGAGCUAUUCCCAAACCUUGACAAGGUGGUUUUUUUGGAUGAUGAUGUGGUAAUUCAGCGUGACUUGUCUCCUCUUUGGGAAAUUGACCUGGAAGGAAAAGUUAAUGGAGCUGUGGAAACUUGCAGAGGUGAAGACGACUGGGUAAUGUCUAAGCAUUUUAGGAACUACUUCAAUUUUUCUCAUCCCCUCAUUGCAAGGAAUUUGGAUCCUGAUGAGUGUGCAUGGGCUUAUGGAAUGAAUAUCUUUGAUCUGGUUGCUUGGAGAAGAACUAAUAUAAAAGACACGUAUCAUUCUUGGUUGAAAGAGAAUCUGAAGUCUAACCUGACAAUGUGGAAGCUUGGAACCCUGCCUCCUGCUUUGAUUGCAUUUAAAGGUCUUGUUCACCCAAUUGAUCCCUCUUGGCACAUGCUUGGAUUGGGUUAUCAGAAUAAUACCAGUAUUGAGAGUGUGAAAAAGGCUGCUGUUAUUCACUACAAUGGCCAGUCAAAACCUUGGUUGCAAAUUGGCUUUGAACAUCUUCGGCCAUUUUGGACCAAGUAUGUCAAUUAUUCUAAUGAUUUUUUGAGGAACUGUCAUAUCCUGGAAUCAUAG